CAACGGGUGACCAUGAGCAUUUGCUUCUUUCUUAGGUUCUUGGUAGUAUAUUGAUUCUUCAUAGAAACGAAAGUAAGAAUUAUGGGAUAUCUGCAUAGGUUGCUUUGUAGUUCUAAAGUAAAGAACCACAAAAAUAUUGUUAAUCUGCUAAAUCUCUUAUUAUUGCUACUUGAAUCUUAUAGCCACCUUAAUCGUUUCAGGAGAACAGAAAAGUAGCUAAACACUUUGCCCUCUCAUCUUUGAAGACAGGCCUCCUGUCUCGGGUAAACUUACAUUGCCAUUUUCUUUCCUGCCUAUGUCGUUUCUAUGACCUAUAGGGCAUGGUUAUUUCAAAAUAUCAUGGGAUUAACUGAACCACUGUGUAUUUUAUGUGGGUGCCCUAGGGUAUUUCUUAGUAGGGCAGUUAACUCUCCAAUUAUUCUAAUGUGGACCUCGGGUUACUUCCCUUCCAGAUCUUAAUCUUUUGGCAAGGAAAAUUUCAGUAGCGGAGUACUUCAUAUUUCGAAAUGAUGACAAUAUUUUUUGCAUGAAAAAAUUCCUUUUAAAGCUAAAUGUUUAAGGAAAGUAAAAUUAGUUUCAUAUAAAACCAAUAAAUAUUUUAAGAGGCGGUGCCAUAAAAAGACCACGGCAUUCAGAUUCAUGGACAUCUGUUUUGGCAUCAUUUUGGUAUAGGUACCCAGCAAUAUUUAAACACACUUCUUAGGAGAUCAGUCACCCAGGAGUUUAGAAGAGAAGUCUGAUGAAUUGACAUAUUUCCUCACAUCCAUAAAAUAUAUCUAUGUAUUAGUCAUUGUUUCAUCCCUUUCUCACUUUUUAAAUUACACUGGCUAUUCCCUUUUGUAAGACUGGUUAGGAAAAAAAAUACUUAGACUGCCUGGGGUUUGGUUUUCAACUCUAUUUUUGAAGAUUGCAGAUUUAUUUUCUGUAGAUUACUUCCAGUGUCACCAAAAAUGUGCCACUGAUACAAACUUGAUGAAAAAAAUCCGAGAUAUUUUCAGCUUCAGGCCAAGAAACAUCCAGCAAUUUAGCUCUUACUAGGUCAACAAAACAGGAAAAUUACUGGAAAGAUGACGCUUUAGUUUAUUUUGUUUUAAAAAAUAUUUGGUGAAAUAAAAUGAUAGCAAUUUGAUCUACAAUUUUUGACCCAAUUUUUGUUUUGGGUUUAUUUACUUAUUAGAAGUCUAGCGUUUUCGUCUUUUCCUCUGUACCACCUACAGCCUUUGUUUCAGUUAUCUCCAUAAAUCAUGUAAAGUUCUGACAAUUAAACUCUCAAAGUGCAGUAAGUGGUUAGAAAACAUUCUGUCCUGCACAUGUGUUUGGAUUUAAGGGAGUACUAGCAGGAAGCAAAGAAAAGUUAAAUCUUAAAGAAAAACUGUUGUUACCAUGUUCAGGUGAAUAGAAAUUAAAAUACACUUGGGUUGAGAAAAACAGAACAUAGUGCCCAUGGUCAUCUCCAGAAGAAAAGUGCUGGGGGAGUUUUCCCCAAACUGUGCUCGUGUUCAUCUUAGUAUCACUGUGCUCAUCACUGUGAGAAGAUAUCAUUGAAAUGAGCUUGCAAGUAGGCGAUUCUAGGUUCUCCAGAGGAUACUGCAUUAGGAAGUAUAAGCAAGUUUCUUUGCUGCCUAAUAUAACUAAGUUCAAUGAACAUGGCUGCCUUGUCCUGUGAGCAUUCUGUUUAGAAACAUAAGCCAUUUGCUAAGACCUAGAAUUUUGUACCAUUUGCAGAAUUUUAGUUCAUUCAGGAUAGGAAAACAAAGUACCAAGGACUGAGCCACAAAGUAAAUACCUGGCUAGCAAGCUAUAAACCAGCUCAUUCUGUGUGGAGGCGUUCGCUACCUCAAUAAAUCAGCUGGCCUUUUUUUAAUGUUUGCAUUUUUUUCUCUCUUAAAUGAAGAUUAUCAGAAAAAUAACAACAGGUAAUUUUUUUUGGCUUAGAAGAAAACUGUGUUUUGUGCCAAAGAAGGAAGACAACCUCAGGUAUUUAAUUACUUCAGGCUUGCUUUGGUUCUUGGCACAAUCUGUUGCCUGAUCUCACUCCAGUAGAGCUUGCUUUGAAGUUGUGGACAAAUUAAAUCAACCCCUUGGAUCACAUGUGUCCCAAAGAAUGUGGUUUUCCAGGUAUGAACAAUCUGUCAAUCCCCUCCUCUUCUUUCCUUUUGGCAUUUUAAUAGUCCUUGCAGAGUCUCUGGCAGGUAUUUGAUUUUAUACCUCCGCUAAAGCAGCUUUUAUGAAGCAUUUAGAACUACCUGUAUAAGGUGCACUUUCUGGCUGCCAGAGAUUGGCGCUCAUUUCAUGGUGGUUGUGCAAGCGCUCGUAAUUACGGCUGUAGGUAAACAUACUGCUGUCUCCUUGGAAAACUGAGAAGUACAAAGAAUGUUUGUGUGUCUUUCUUUGGUUUGGACACACCUGACUUACCCUCCCCCUCUUCGUGGCCAAGAAAGCUGUCAUACUUGAUUUGCAAGUUUACCUGUUGGAGUCAAAAGAGGGGCCACCACAUCAGCCAAUGCUGGGUUUUAUGAGCCCAAAGAUAUUUGCCUCCAAGCAGCACCACCACCUCAGGAUUCCAGUUGCAUAAAACUCACCCAAGAAGAGAAUGGCGUCCUAUGCUCUGCAAAUAGCUGGUCUGGUGUUUAGUGGUAUUGGUAUGAUAGGCACAGUGGCCGUCACUAUCAUGCCUCAGUGGAGAGUGUCAGCCUUCAUCGAAAGCAACAUCGUGGUGUUUGAGAACAUUUGGGAAGGACUAUGGAUGAAUUGCAUAAGGCAUGCUAACAUCAGAAUGCAAUGCAAAGUCUACGAUUCUCUGCUCGCUCUGUCCCCGGAUCUACAGGCAGCCAGAGGACUGAUGUGUGCUGCUUCUGUGCUGUCCUUCUUGGCUUUCAUGAUAGCCUCGCUUGGCAUGAGGUGUACCAAACUGACGGGGGACGAUGAAAAUGUGAAAAGUCGCAUCCUGCUGACAGCCGGAAUCCUCUUCAUCAUUACAGGGAUUGUGGUGCUCAUUCCGGUGUCCUGGGUUGCCAACACUAUCAUCCGAAACUUCUACAGCCCAGUAGUGGAUCCUGGUCUGAAACGGGAGCUUGGAGAAGCCCUUUACUUAGGCUGGACCACAGCGCUGGUGCUGAUUGUUUCAGGGGCCCUGUUCUCUUGUGGAUUUUGCUGCACUGAAAAGAGCAGUAGUUACAGAUACUCAAUACCAUCUCAUCGAACAACUCAGAGGAGUUUUCACAUGGAAAAGACAUCACCGAGCAUAUAUUCCAGAAGUCAGUAUGUGUAACUCUCUGUGUUUUUUAGUUUUAUGUAUAAAACCAUGCAAAUGACUGAAAUGUCCACUGCUUUCUACAAGUAAGACUCAGAGGGGCGUUGAUUUGGCAUCCUCAAGAGCCUAUCAUUAAUUACAGGAAUUGUGCACCAUUUAUUUAUGAUUCUAUAAACGAUUUCUGUAGAAUGUGCUAUUAUAUACACUGGUUUGAUUGUCCUAGGAAGUAUAGUAAUUUGCUUUCUAAAAUGGUAUAUUCAUCUCUCCCUUGUAUUAGUCACUGCAACAUGCCUUGCUAGACUGUUAUUUUACUGCUGUGACUUAUCUGUCAUAGCAUUAUGUAUGUAGAUAAGCUUGCAAUUUGUAUCUUGCAAAAAAUAGAGACAAGCUCACAGGGUUUGAUUUAAGAUGAAAUAUGGAUCCAUUAUACUAAAUAAAGAGAAAUCAGCUGUUGCUUUUCAAGGGAGCCAGGGAUAGCAUUGAAGUAGCUUAAUAUUAAUUGUUUAAAAACAGUUUAGGGAUCAGGGCUCACCAUUUACAAUGAAGAUUAAAAUGAAGGCUUUAAUUAGUAGUGUUAAGGAAACUAAAUGAUUUUCUGAUAUCCCUUUUUUCAGCUGAGGAGUUAGAAAUCCUACUCCUUUAUCCUCUUUCCCAGGAAUAUUUUUCUUCUCUUGUACAUUAAAUUAACAUCUUUUAAAAUGCAAGUAUUUCCUCAGGAGGCAAUGUAUUCAAGCUAGUUUUCCUGGGCUGUCCAAAGGAGGAAAAUAGAACUGUGGCCUAAGAAAAAUUGACAUUUUGAGGACAGUGAAUUUAUUAUCUUAUUUUUUUUGUAAAUAUAUAGGGACAUAUAUUGACAAAAAUAUUAUAUAUGUAUGGGAAUAGUUCAGUAAAUAUUUGAGUGAAGUCUGUGGGAUUUUAUCAGUACAGAUGAAGGAAUCCAAAUAAUUUUAUUAGGUUUUUAUUUUCUUACCAUAUAAAUAAUACUCUGAAAAUUUCUUCUACUCCUAUAUGGAUAUUUAAAUCAAUGUUGUAAUUUUAACUCUUUCAUAUAUAUACAUAUAUGUAUAUGUAUAUAUAUAUAUAUAUACUUUUUAUUGAGUUUUCAUUAAAUGAAGAAAUACUGUUUGUGUUUUCUCUGAAUCUGAUGCAAUUAAUCAUCCAGUUCAAAAGUUUGCAUCUAUGUUUAUCCAUUUAAAGGACUCUGAUGCUGAUUUAUGUAUUUUGUAUUAAUAAAUUGUACUUUUUAAUAUUUAUAGGAUAUUCUUUCUUUAUUCCUUUUAUAUUUUGUUCAUUUUGUAACACCAUUUCUGAAAUCUGUGAUUUUAUUUCUCCCAGUUUGAAAAAGAAUUAGAAGGAUUCAUUUUAAUAAUAAGUUCAGUGUUAAUUUUUGAGAAUGGAACGCAUGUCAUUUAAUAACAAUCAUAAAUUUUAGAUACUUGCACUAAUAUUUAUUAGGGAGAAUUUGUAAAUUUUGAAAAGUAUUGUAGAUUUUUAAAAAAUCUAUUUAUUAUAAAUAUUAUGUAUAUAAUAGCUAUGUCUUAAGCUUUUCAUAGCUAUAUAUAUAUUUCAACCUCUGAGAAAUUAUACAAGUUAAUAGUAGUAGUUCACAUUCAGAGGCAUAUAUUUUACACCAAAAUUUCCACUGAUUUUUAUAAAACAUUAUGCCAUUACAACUGUUAUGAAACCAGUAGUAUCUUUGUUUCACAGAUGGUGGUACCCCCAAAAGUUAAUCAGUUUUACUUAAUAGAGUAAUGAGAAAAAAUAAGUAUUGAUUGAUUUUGUAGCUCAUGCUCAUUCACUUUUGGCAAAGUAGAUUUUUUCCAGCACUUUCUAGCUUAUAAAUGGAUUUUUAUAUGUGAAAACAACGUACUCUUCUGCUAUUGGUUGGGAAAAUACUUUGUAUGUUUUUUUCUACUCAAGUGAGUUUCCUAUUCCUCUGUGCUAAUCCAUCAUAGACAAGGCCAUUUGGGUCAAAAUAUUUAUAAGAGCAGAAAUGAAACAAAAUUAACUGAUUCCUUGGAGAGGAAAUCUGGGGACACAAUCUUCUAAGAAUGACUCUUCAAUCGAACAUUCUUUAUAACUAAAAUAUUACCCUCAAAAUCUCAAACUCAGUGUAUUAUUUUAUUCCUCUUUUCUUUAAAAGAGAAUCAUGCAAUUUCUGAUUUUUUUUUGUAUCGUGAACUUUCUUCUUUUACUAUCAUGUCAUCUCUUCCCUAUAGAGUUUAAAUAACUUCUAUUGUUUCAUUCUUUGCAGAAUAUUUUUUCUCUCGGUGUCCUCCAUAACUUUAUCUUAGUUCUUUUUAACUUUCAGGUUAGGUCUCAACAUGCCUCUCCCAAACUUUUGUAGAACUGUCCAACUGCCCAUAAAGUAGAAGACAACUGCUUUAGUAUAUGAUAACGGACAUGAUGGGAAUGGUAGUUCAUAAUCUCUGAGACAAAUUUUAUCUUAUGAUAUAGCAUCAGUGUAUAAUCAGUGCAAUAAUGAUGAUAAGGAUUGCUAAUAACUCACAUGUCCAAAGCUUUCUUUAAAUUCUGAAAAAGAUACCAACUGAUAAUUUUGUGAUGUUCAAACUAGGUCUGAUUCUAUUUUGUGGAAAACAAAAACAAUGUUAUGUUAUGGAAUGAACACAAGGAAGCAAAAGAUAAGUUUUUUAAUCUCCACCUAAUGGUCAGCCGUAUGAACUGUGGUCAAAUUUUAAAAUGCAGUAUACCUCAAUUUCCUUUUCUAUUAUUUUCCAACUCACACAACCCAUCAGCACUUUGAAUUUAGGAAACCCCAUUAUCCUCCCUUAUACUUGAUCUCCUAAUUUUAUAAUGAAGAUAAUAAAGGUCAUUAUAGGAGAAAAUUAUAUAAACUGUAAAGAAGCCACCUUAAAGCAAGAGUCAGUAAGUGCUGCCCAUCUUAUAAGAUGCUAUCUUAAAAUUACUUGAAAUUGAUUGCAAAAGUCACAUAUGAAUGGAUUAAUAAAAAUAUGGAAUGAAAUUUACGCAUAUUUGUAUUAGAUUUAUGAAUCUUAUCAAGAUUAUAAAUAUUACAUAUAUAUGUAAAUACCUAUGUACAUGUAAUCUUUUCCCUCCUUCCAUAACUAUACUACUAAUCUCUGUUAGUUCAUCCAAUAGAACAGUUUGUGCUGUCAUUGAUUGUUUACUCAUUUUUAUCAUGCCUAAAUCUUGUAACCUGAGCAACUACUUCUAAGUUAACAACAUGCAAUGUAUUAGUGUUAAUUUCCUAUUUUUUUGAAAUUCAAUAUCAUUUCUAACCUUUUUUCUAUUUUGCUUUUUUAAAAUAAAAAAGUACAAUGAAAAAGAUUGUAAAUCUUGCCAUCAAGUUAUUUUAUGGCUCUGUAUGUCUGGGAAAUUGAUCUGCUGAAUUAUGAAAAACAUAGGUUCAUUUUAAUAAUUUUACAAUUGCUAUAAAAGGAAAAAAGUACUAUGCACAUUUUGCUUAUUUUUUUGCUUAGUAAAAGUAUAUCUGUUUAUUUUUCAGAUGUUUGACUACUGAUGUUAUUUCUAACACAUGAAUUUCCAUGUAUCAUGGAAAUGUUUCUGUGCUAGAGGACUGCUCUUCUGAGUGAACUUCUAAGAGUUUGUUCCAAAAGUGUGGCUUUUAUGUAGUAACCAGAUAACUGUGCUCUGAUACUGGUGAAGAACUUAAGAGCUUUGUGGUCUAGGCAAAUUUUUUAAACUUGCUUUGCUUUAUGUUCCUUAUUUGUACAAUGGGGAUCAUAAUCAUGCCUGAAUAAUAGAGGGACUGUCAGGAUUAACAGAGUUUAGCUAUCUAAUCUCUGUUAGUUCAUCCAAAAAACAGUUUGUGCCUUCAUCGUGUGGCUGAUCAUUUUAUUCAUGCCUAAAUCUUGUAACUUGAACAACUACUUCUGCAUACAUUAUACUAAUUAGUGUUAUUUUUCUACUAUUUUUUGAAAUUCUGCAUCAUUCCCAUCUUUUUUGUUUUGAGUUUUUAAAAUAAAAAAAAAUUUUUAAAGUAUUAACAGAGCUAACAUUAUAUAUAUAUGCCCUUAGCACAAUAUGGCAUACGUAAUAAGUUAUGUAACAGUCUUUGUUAUUAUGCCUAUUUUUUUAACCUAAACAGUGUUAGUCACUUUUUACUGUCACACUGUAAAUUCUGUGUCCCUGUGAUGAAUCUCCUUCUGUUGAUUCUGUGUCUAAAACGACUCCCACACAUACCGUGAGAAGCUAUUAUGCUACUUUGAGUAGUAAGUGCUAAAGAUAUAGGAGUGGAUAAAAUGUAAUUUUUGCUUUCGGAGAACUUGUAAUCCACAUAAGAGAGACAAGAGUGAAAAUGUAGAUUUUGAUAUGUUUAUCAUGUAUUUAGAGUCUUCUCUCUUUCCAUUAUUGAUCCAUUAAUAGACAUUAAAUUAUGAAAACUUUGCAUCCUAAACUGUGUGUGUGUGUAUAUAUAUAUAGUAAGUAU